UUUACACCCACCGUACUUCUCCAAAUGCCGAGCCGAGCGGCCCAUCCAAACGCCAAACCAAUCCAAAAUCCUCCCGUCUUCUUUCUCGACAGGAUGGCUUCCUCUCUUCCCUUCCUCCUCUUCCUCUUCCUCCUCCACUUCUCCACCGCCGCCUCCGAAGACAGCACUUCGCCGGCCAUCUUCCGCGCCGUCUGCGGCAAAAGUAAUACCUCCGACCCCGAGGGCUUUGACGUCCACUUCGUCGACGCCAUGGAGAAAGUCUUCCAAAACAUCACCAUAUCCGGCUUCGGCACCUCCGUCUCCGGCCCCGACUCCAAUCUCACCGUCUAUGGCCUCGGCCAGUGCUUCUCCUACCUUUCUCAUGUUAACUGCCAGCUCUGCUACGCCCAAAGCCGCGUCAAGCUCCCCCACUGCCUCCCGGCCAGCACCGGCCGUAUCUACCUCGACGGAUGUUUCCUCGAGUACGCAGACCGCGACGUCUCCCGCGAUUCCGUCGACUCCGCCGAUACCUUCGAUUGCGGGAACGCGACUUUCCCCAACGGGCCUGCUCCGGCGAAUCUGACCUCGCGCUUGGUCGGGAAUCUGACGGCGAACGCUUAUCAGAAGAAGGGUUAUUACGAGGUAGGGAGCAUCGUGAUCUCUUCGAGCCUGACGGUGUACGCGAUGGCGCAGUGUUGGUUAUCUUUGAAUUCGAGUGGAUGUAGGGCUUGUUUAGAGCAAGCGAGGGAUAAUUUGGUUGGGCGGUGUUUGCCUGCGUCUUCUUCGGAUGCCAAGGCGAUGAAUGCGGGAUGCUUCAUGAGGUACUCGACGUAUCCUUUUUAUUUGCCGGUGGAUGGCAGCGGCGGUGGAAGCUCUUCUCAUGUUUGGAUUUGGGUAGUUGUGGCUCUAACUGUUACGGUUGUUGUGUUGGCUGUGAUUGGGGGAGCUGCUUACUGGAGAUGGAGGAGGUCUCGUAAUCCUGAAGAUGAAGCUAACAGUGAGGUCAUCAGAUCCAUCUCAAAAUCUCAUCUAAGUUUCAAAUAUGAGGAUUUAUGUCAGGCAACAGACAAUUUUAGUCAAAAUAACAAGCUCGGCCAAGGGGGUUAUGGCUCGGUUUAUAAGGGGACUCUGCCCGAUGGAAGAGAAAUAGCUGUUAAGAGACUUUUCUUCAACACCCGGCAAUGGGUUGAUCAGUUCUUCAAUGAAGUCACUCUCAUCAACCAAGUUCAGCACAAAAAUCUUGUAAAGCUUCUUGGUUGCAGCGUCGAAGGGCCUGAAAGCCUUCUUGUCUACGAGUACCUCUGCAACACCAGCCUUGAUCACUACUUAUUCGAUACAUUCAAGAAGCACGAACUGGAUUGGGAAAGACGAUUUGAUAUCAUGCUUGGCACCGCAGAAGGGCUAGCUUAUCUCCAUACUGCUUCUGUUGUAAGAAUAAUUCACAGGGAUAUAAAAGCCAGCAACAUACUAUUGGAUAACAGGUUCAGGGCCAAGAUUUCUGAUUUUGGCUUAGCAAGGUACUUUGCAGAGGAUCAGAGCCAUCUCAGCACUGGCCUAGCAGGAACUUUCGGCUACAUGGCACCAGAAUACAUUGUUCAUGGGCAACUAACUGAGAAGGCAGAUAUCUACAGCUAUGGAAUUGUUGUUCUUGAAAUCAUCACUGGUCGUAAGAACCAGAACUCGAUAUCGACAUCGGCGGAAGGCCAUUCGCUCAUGCAGCAGAUAUGGCAGCAUUACAACUCUGAUACAUUGAUAAAAUUGCUGGAUUCUGAUCUUCAAGGAAAGUGCACAGAGGAAGAAGCCCUCAAUAUAUUCCAUGUGGGGCUUCUCUGUGUCCAGGCAUCUCCGGCAUUGCGACCGCCGAUGUGGAAGGUUGUGGAGAUGCUAACGAGCAGAUCAAAGGAGCUUCCUGCACCCAGCCAACCUCCAUUCAUCAACAUUAAGGGGACAGAUAGCACAAGCAGAAGUGAAAGCUCAGAGACUUCAUACCUGCUUUCUUCCUCAGUUAAGUCUCUUGAUUCUGGGCAGGCUUCAGUCAAUCAGGUAUCAGUCAGUAUUUUUCAGGGCAGGUAAUAGAUUUGGCUCACCGUUUCCUUAGCAACUUGGUUAAGGAUUCUUUCAUUUUUGCCCCUUUUUUCUAAAAUUGCGACAGCAUAGAUGAAAAUGCUCCUAAUCUUCUUUGCAUACACUACAAAAAGGAACUUGAGAAACAUGUAUAGAUGUCUGUAUUACAUAUGAGAAACAUGUAAGAUUUUGGAAAAAAAUAACUCGAGAAACCUGUAUAGAUGUUUGUAUUAGAGGUGAGAAAUAUGUUAGGCUUUGGAAAAAAAGAAGACUUGAGAAACAUGUACAGUGUUUGUAUUAGAUAUGAUUUCACUCCCUUUUUUUUCAGAUGGUGAGUACAGUGAUUAUUUUCUGCA